GACCGAUUGACUGUACCACCGCUGCCACCUUCACAGUCUGGGAAAAGCACCUCUGUCCCGGUGGUAUUGGCGGCCUCCUUCUGACGUCACAGACCGUGCAACGCAAUCUGAUUGCCCACCGCUGGGCCACCGCAGACCGGGGAGAUGACCAGAGCUUCCAGGUUUUUCUUGAGUAUAUGUGGAGGGAGAUGACUAAAUUGAACGUGGAACCCUGCUACAGUGGAUACGUUGGAGAGUCGUAGCCCCAAAGUGCUUUGAAGAUGUUCCAGAACCUGGAUGCAGUGACUUAUGAUGAUGUGCAUGUGAACUUCACUGUAGAAGAGUGGAAUUUGCUGGAUCCUUCCCAGAAGAAUCUCUACAAAGAUGUGAUGCUGGAGACCUACUGGAACCUCACUGCUACAGGUUACAGUUGGGAAGAUCAUCAUAUUGAAGAACAACGUCAAAGUUCUAGAAGGUGUGAAAGACAUAAAAGAACACAUAGUGGAGAGAAACCUUAUGAUUGUAAUCAAUGUGGUAAAGCCUUUUCAUAUCACAGUGGUCUCCAGUAUCAUAAAAGAACACAUACCGGAGAGAAACCUUAUGAAUGUAACCAAUGUGGUAAAGCCUUUUCCUGUUACAGUAGUCUCCAAAGACAUAAAAGGACACAUACUGGAGAGAAACCUUAUGAAUGUAAUCAAUGUGGUAAAGCAUUUUCACAUCUCGGUCAUCUCCAAGUCCAUAAAAGGACACAUACUGGAGAGAAACCUUAUGAAUGUAAUCAAUGUGGUAAAACCUUUUCAAGUCACAGUGGUCUCAAAUAUCAUAAAAGAACACAUACUGGAGAGAAACCUUAUGAAUGUAAUCAAUGUGGUAAAGCCUUUUCACAUCGUGGUCAUCUCCAAGUCCAUGAAAGGACACAUACUGGAGAGAAACCUUAUGAAUGUAAUCAAUGUGGUAAAGUCUUUUCAUGUCACAGUACUCUCCAAAUACAUAAAAGGACACAUACUGGAGAGAAACCUUAUGAAUGUAAUCAAUGUGGUAAAGCCUUUUCACGUCAAGAUCAUCUCCAAGUCCAUAAAACGACACAUACUGGAGAUAAACCUUAUGAAUGUAAUCAAUGUGGUAUAACCUUUUCAAGUCACAGUGGUCUCAAAUAUCAUAAAAAUGGAGCCAAGAGUGCAGAUUGGCUUGUUCUGCACUCUGGGUCUCAGGAAAUUGGCUACCCACAAGAAAAAUUAGAUAAGAUUCGGAGCCAGGAGUCCAGAGCUAGGAGUUCAGACCUGACCUCCCGCAUCAGGCCAGGCAGGAGACCUUCAGACAGUGGAGAAGCAGGCCGCAGGCUGGAGGCAGCACGGAGACAGUAG